UAUCCAAGUGACUUCCUCCUUGGUUGCCUGGCUUUCGCUCCUGCCGUUCAACGGUCGCGAUCGCUGCCUGGAGAGACGCGUCGCGACGGCCGUAUAUCUGUACAAAGCAUUGUUCUCAAUAUCAAGAACGUCUAUUUACAUCGCAUUCACAUUUCAACCAUCACAGAUUCGAACCCAGACGUUGUCUUCACAACCAUGUUUGCAAUAUGCUGUGCCAUAGCUCCUGCAGCCAAGCUCAAGAAUCACAUUCUCGAUCUCUGUCACAACUACGACAACAACCCUAACCCAGACAGCUUCCUUGUCUUCAUAGACGAUAUAUCACUCGUCUACCCUGAUGCCGACGAACCCGGGGACAGCACGCCCUCAACCUCUGCCCCAUUUGCCGGCAAAACUGCUUACGAAUGCUCAGUCAUGCUCAAGCAAAUGUGCAAAGACAGCAGCGAGAAUUGUUUCGAUGGCGACCUUUUCGCUAUCCUGGAUGAGAGGUCGCUAGAAGACGGUACACUUCUACUUGUAGAAGAGCCAGCGGAGGUCGAUGGUGGAGAGGCACAUUCUGUUAGAGCAGUGUUCGAGAUGUGCGAGACUCAAAUGCUGUUGUGGGUUGCUGGAAAGACUACCAUCAGUGAGGCAAAGGAAAGAGCUCAAGAGACUGAAGAUGGUGCUCUGCGACCUGGUAUGGAUCUU